AUGCGUGAGCUCGUGCACGUGCAGGGUGGCCAGUGCGGCAACCAGAUCGGUGCCAAGUUCUGGGAGGUGAUCGCCGAUGAGCACGGCAUCGAUCCCACAGGUACCUAUCACGGAGAUUCUGACCUGCAGCUCGAGCGUAUCAAUGUGUACUUCAACGAGGCGACAGGCGGACGUUACGUUCCUCGUGCGGUCCUGAUGGAUCUUGAGCCAGGAACCAUGGACUCCGUCCGAGCCGGCCCUUUCGGCCAGCUGUUCCGCCCGGACAACUUUGUCUUUGGUCAGACAGGAGCUGGCAACAACUGGGCCAAGGGUCUG